AUGCAUAUCUACCGUCGACAAGCCAGGAAUAUCGCCUGGUACGAUGAAGACGGCGAGCCUCCCAGCCGGAAUCCCUUCAAGAAAUUUAGAGCACGACGACCCACCCGCAGGACUGACUCCUUCGCCGUCAGAUCAGAGUCUGACGCGAUAUCCAUGAAUGAAUAUACGAGAAGAGAAAACAUAGCCGACGACUUGCAACACCUACCGCACCCGAAUACCCUUCCCGUCCCGUCGUCUGCUGGAACUGACGGAACUCGUGUUGACGGGGCCCUCACUGGGAUACCGUCUGGUGCGGAUUCGAUGCACAGCGCAGUCCCGCUGCAGAGACCAGAGACGGGAAAUAGCUCCUUGGGGAAUCAACCGAUCAGGCGGAGAGGUACGAAAGCCGAGCAGAGCGAAACCCCAAACGAAACAGUGAUGGAGGACCCGGAAUCACUAGGUGCCAAGGAUAACAAGCAGAAAUACACGUUUGUUGGACAGUUGAAGGCCACUCUGUUGAACUCCUGGGUGAAUGUUUUGUUACUGGCUGCGCCGGUAGGAAUAAUCGUGCAUCAUAUCCACCUCGAUCCUAUUGUGGUAUUCGUGGUCAACUUUGUUGCAAUCAUGACUGGAGAAACGGUGGGAGGCCUCCUCAAUGCCACAUUCGGAAAUGCCGUUGAGUUGAUCGUAUCGAUUCUGGCCCUUUUCAAAGACGAGAUCGUUAUUGUUAAAACUUCCCUGAUCGGAAGUAUACUGUCGAAUCUGCUUUUAGUCAUGGGGAUGUCCUUUUUCCUUGGAGGGUUCAACCGCAUCGAACAGAAUUUCAACUUGACCGUCGCCCAAACCGCGGCCAGUUUGCUCGCCUUGGCCGUUGGAAGUCUGAUUAUCCCGACUGCAUUUCAUGAGUGGUCCGAAGCCGGUGAAAAUGGGAUUGCUCCAUUGUCACGAGGAACGAGCAUCAUCCUUUUGUUCGUAUACGGAUGCUAUCUUUUCUUCCAACUGAAAUCUCACACGGAAAUGUACAACAAGCCGAGCGAAAAGGUCGCCAGGCGAAGAGAACAAAUUGAAAGCGGAGAUGCUAUCAAGGGGAUUGCGCAGAUCGGCGCUGGGAUAUCUGCAAGUAUGGGCGGGCACAACGCGCAGAGGGUGCCGAUACACACUCCAGAGGAGGAGUCGGAGGAGCCAGAACUCCAUCUUUUCGUUGCUCUGUUCACGCUCGCGGCAUCUACCGCAUUGGUAGGAGUCUGUGCUGAGGCACUGGUUUCGUCGAUUGACGCCAUCACAACGCGAGGCCACAUCUCUGAAACAUUUGUCGGGUUGAUCCUGCUGCCCAUUGUCGGGAAUGCCGCAGAGCACGCUACGGCGGUUACCGUCGCGGUGAAGGACAAAAUGGAUCUGUCCAUUGGCGUCGCCGUUGGAUCGAGUAUGCAGAUUGCCCUAUUGGUUCUUCCAUUGAUUGUUGUGAUUGGAUGGAUUGCAGCCAGAUCACCAAAUCGGCAACCGAUCUCAACCGACAACCGCCAAAAAACACAGCCCAUCAAACCCCCCUCCCCCUCAACACGCCCAGUCCCGCUGCUGCUCAAGGUCCCCAUCGCCAAAAACGGUCUCGGCAAGCCAGAACCAAUCCACAUCCAAUCUCUAUACCCGGCCGAUGUCCCUCAAACUACCUUGCCAGUUGAUCAGACGACAAAGCUAUAUUCGUCACUCGGAGACCAGAUUGUGGGCCACGGAAAGGCAGGAUUCAAAACGGGUUCCCCCAAAAGAAAAAGACGAUUCGAGACCUUGCGGGAAAGCAGGGUUUCGGCGGGAAGUUAG